CUUUAGCAGGGAGAAAGGGGGCAGAGUGUGGUAGAGAGGUAGAAUACCGAUUCACUUGCUCUAUCAGAGAGAACCGGGACCAGAAGUGAACAAGGCAGCCCCCCCUCAGCCAUGGACUGCGCGCUCCGUGGAGCGGGCGGCGGAUCGGCACUCAGAACAGACGAGCUCCUGACUCGGAUUUGUGGCCCUCUUUUAUCCUCAAAAUCAAACGGAGAAACUUCAUCGGAAGCUCAGGCUCGGGCUCAGUAGACCCGCUGUCAGAGAGAGAAUCGGACAAAAAUAUAUAAUGGGCCCCAAAAGUCCAUGCGUCCCUCGGAGUUAGUUUUGGGGGUCAGAACUGUGCGCACUGAGCGCGGCGUCUUUUAGUUAAACUGCAGCGGAGCGCAGCGGGAAGGAUGCAGAGUUUGUUCCCGGUGGAUGCGCAGCGCUGUGCGUGGAGCAAAGCGGAGCGGAUCGCUGUGAAGAGGAGAGACUGUCUACUUUCCAUAAGGUUUGGGUGAGAAGCCACAGAGGUGUUUGGUUGAGGAACUAUCUUCAGUUCAUGAUGCAACAUCAUUAAUGCUCAGCAACAUGCUCUAAAUUCUGCCUGUCAAACAGAUGGUGACACUAUGAUGGACUUUUUGAACCAGCAUAAAAAUGGUUGGGUGUGGAUGAAGGAAUCUUACCCAUAGUGUGUUCUUAUUUUUUAUUUUUUGGAAACCUCAGGACAGCAGUUGCAGGAAUUGUCGAGGACUUUCUUCAAGACCAGGAUGGACACAAUGCAUAAAUCCUAUAAUUUCUUUGCUGGGAUUCUUGCUUUUUAUUAUUUUAAAUCCUGUAGUUACUUUAUCUGAUGUUUCUGUAUUGAACCAUAUGAAAUGGAGAUACUGUGGCUUUUAUGGAGUAAGGACUGUACCUCCUUAGUAAGAUCAUUAAUUCCCAUACUGCUAGGCCUUCAUCUCCAAUUCUCGCAAGCCUCUAACUGUCCCGAAGAGUGCCGCUGUGACCGGACCUUUGUUUACUGCAACGAGCGGAGCUUGACCUCAGUGCCUCUGGGAAUCGGUGAGGGCUACAAGACUCUCUACCUCCACAAUAAUCUGAUCAAUAAUGCCGGCUUUCCCCUAGAGCUGCACCAUGUGGCCUCUGUGGAAACUGUGUAUCUCUAUGGCAACCAGCUUGACGAAUUCCCAGUUAACCUGCCAAAAAAUGUAAGAAUUCUCCAUCUGCAGGAAAACAACAUUCAGACAAUCUCUAGGGCAGCUUUGUCUCAGCUUCUUCAGCUGGAGGAGCUGCAUUUGGAUGAUAACUCCAUAUCUACGGUUGGAGUGGAAGAAGGAGCAUUUCGGGAGGCUUUGAGCCUAAAGAUGCUAUUCUUGACCAAAAACCACCUAAGCAGCGUGCCUAUUGGUCUCCCAGAUGACCUGAAAGAGCUACGGUUGGAUGAGAAUCGGAUUGCGGUCAUUGCAGAGGAAGCAUUUCAGAAUGUUACUCGACUGGAACGCCUGUUGUUAGAUGGAAACCUGCUGACAGAUGAAGGGAUCUCACCUGGGACUUUUCAAGACUUGGUCACCCUGAGGGAUCUUUCUCUGGCACGGAAUUCAUUAACUUAUCCUCCCGCUUUCCUUCCUGGUGAGAAGCUUGUAAAGUUAAAUUUUCAGGAAAAUCAAAUAAACAAGAUCCCUGUGAAAGCAUUUGCUGGUUUACACAGGUUAGAAAGGUUAGAUAUUUCCAACAACCAGCUGCAGUCACUGGUUAGGGGUGUCUUUGAUGGUCUCGGGAGUCUAAGGCAGCUCACUGUCCGGAACAACCCAUGGCUCUGUGAUUGUGGCAUGCAUUGGGUGGUAUCAUGGCUCAAGUCUCUUCCCGUGUCACUGAAUGUGCGUGGUUUCAUGUGCCAUAAACCUGAAAAGUUAAGAGGUAUGGUGAUCAGAGAGCUAAGUGCUGACCUGGUCCACUGUCCGAAACCUACUUCAACAGCUGGCGCUGCUCUGAACUCAUCCGUUUCCACUUCCACAGACUUCCCUUUGAUUACCCAACAUGUUUCCUCUUCUAAACGACCCUUAACCACACGUCCCACCCUCUACACUAUUUACACAACCAGGGAGGAUGGACUGAGGACUAAACAGCCUCUAAAGGUAACUUUCAGUAUCUUAAAUGGGUCAGAUAUCCACGUACGCUGGUUGGCUUCUUUUCCAGUCACUGCCUACAAGGUGACCUGGGCCAGGAUGGAGCCCAGUUUGACUGGAGACACGGUCAGAGAGAGGAUAGUGGGUGGGGAUCAUCGAGGGAUCCGACUGACAAAUCUUGAGCCCAAGUCCACCUAUCGAAUCUGCGUUAUUCCCUUGGAUGCUUUUAACAAUUACAGGCCUAGGGAUGAGACUGUUUGUACAGAGGCUGUGACAACUGCAGCCUUUUUCAGCCCAGAUAACAACAACCGGAGACGUUCUGGGCCAGAGCAGGCAACGCAGCCAGAGUCCGGCUCACCACUUUUGCUGGCAGGACUCAUUGGAGCAGCUGUGAUUGUGGUGCUCGUGGUCCUACUCAGUAUCUUCUGUUGGCACAUGCACAAAAAGAGUCACUCAGAGUGGAAGUACAACCGGGGACGUAGAAAAGAUGAUUAUUGUGAGGCUGGCACCAAGAAAGAUAAUUCCCUCCUGGAAAUGACUGAAACAGGCUUCCAGAUAGUGUCGCUUAACAAUGAGCAACUCCUCAAGGGAGAUUUCCGCAUUCAGCCAAUCUACAGCCCUAAUGGGGUCCUCAGCUUCAGAGACUGCCCCCCAGUAAACAAUAGCACAGUGUACUGCAAGAACAAUGUCCAGGAUCAUGAUUCAUGAUGGUUCCAAAUACCAUUAGGACUGUUCUGUCCUGUAACUGCUCAGACGUUUUUAAAAUUCUGUAAAGUUAAUAUGAUUUAAAUAGCUAUGACUUCAAACAUGUAAUUUAUACAGCUGACUUUAUCAUCUCUUUUACAUACCAUGGUUGGAUUUAUGGGUUAUUGUUUUCUGGAGUUGUGAUGUUACAAUUUUGUGCAGAGAGCAUAUAUUAGGAAACACAUUUAUUGUUUAUUGUUAAUAAGUGAGGAUGCCUUGUUUUAUUGUACUUUUGUAGGGGUUUUGCUGCUGCAUCAAGUAAGGAAACCUGAUAGACAGAAAGAAAAAAUCCUGAUACCACUAGAGGGUGUAGUUUAAUUGUUAUGGCAUUGGUGAAGUUGCAGCUGAAAUCAGGUGAGAUUAUUAAAUUACUGAAGAAGUCUUCGACCAUAUGCAAAAAAAUAUAUAAAUAUAUUUUCUUUAAAAAUACAAUCAAAGGUCACACUCAUUCAACACUUAGAAAGUAACCGGCUGCUCAGCUUUCACUUGCAUCUCCUGUUAAAAACAUCAGAACAAUAACAGUCUAGUUAUCAGCACCUGCUGUGUUUGGUGGGAGGGUCAUAAAGCAAGCAGUAAAAGAGCACAAAAUUGGAAUGUUGAAACUCCUUGAAACUAAAUAUUAAGUUUGACACUGUUGAUUUUUUUCAGCAAAAAAUUUAUAAAUGUGCCUUGAAGUUAUCAGCUUAAAUGUGUUAUGUUUUUGUGCAAGAUGUAUCCUUGUAUAUACAAUUUAAUGGAUUAUUGGUAUACUUUGCCUUUAUUUAUUUAUCUUAUGACACAUUUAAUUAAAAUAUAUUUCCAAAUGGGAAUUUAUUUCAGACUGGUUUAGCAUGAGCAAUGACCUUUGACAGCAUGUAAUUAAGGUAAACAAAGGGUCCAAUAAUUACAAUAAUAUAACAUCCAACAGAGAUGAAACACAGCAGAACUGUAAGAUACACUACUUACAAUUUCCAACAGUAUAUUUCUUAUGUAGGUUUUUAAACACUUGCAUAAGAGGUUCAUGACACAACCUUUAAAAAUUUGAAUUGUUUUGAUAUUUCUAAGCUGUGUUUUACCAGAAAUGAAUUACAAAGUGAAGAUGAAUGAAAAAUACAUUUCACAAUGAUUGUUUUAUUAUAACACAUACACGUAAAAAAGAAAAUAAUUACAAACAAGACCAGAAAUAACAUUAGAUUUUGCCUCAAACAAUGGAACUUGGGCAUUACAGUUUUUACAUUUUUAGUGAUGGCAAUGUAAAGCAAGAACCAGAAGGGUAGAAUAGGGGUUUGUCUGCUGUAAUAAGGGUGCUAAUCCAAUUGAUGAAUGGGGAGAAGGAGUGAGCUGAGAAAAAUUCUUGAUCAACCGGUUCAGUCAUACAGUAAGCCAACUCUCUUAAACUCACGAGAUGGAUCAUGGUUAAAUGUAGAAAGGUCUUGCAUAGGGGUGGCAAAACUUAUAUUCCAAUAGGAAAGUAAUGCUCUGUCAGAAAGGAAUAACAUCGUCUGGAUUGAGCUCAGAGUUAAACUGCAAAAUGUUCAUGCAGAAAUAAAUCAGCGGAUGACUGAGUCUGAUUUUUGUGGAAGUUCUUCAUGAACAUCCUAUUAUAAGAAAAUCUUCUGAAGAUCCUGAGACCUCUAAGCUGAUAAUGUGUAUCUCUUAUGGUGUUCAAAUAUUUUGCGAUCUUCAACACUUAGCUUAGAAAUAUUAUUGGGUAAAGGGCUGUAUGAAAGAUUCCUUUAUAGCCUUUAUUUCUAGAAUCCAUUAUAUCCGGUAUAUCUAUAUAAGUCCAUCCAUCUGUUCUUUUAAUGUAUUCCACUUAAUUGAGAUGUCCUCACGACAAUAUUUGAUGUAAGAGAAAAUCCAAACAACAACCUUUCCAGUGAUCCUCUUAAUUUGCGAUAGGGGUAUCUUCAACAGUAUCUCAACAUUCUUGAACCAAUUUUCUUUGAACCCAUCAUCAUAUCAGAAAGCCAGAGCCUGGCCACCAAGUAAAAUAAAAUCAUUUAAGCAGCAUGUAUCCAGGAUUUUACAAUUUUAGUCAUGACCUCAGGUAGAUGGAAAACAAAACACUUCUAUCCACCUCGUGCUACAAAACUAAAAUAUGUCGCAGUUCUACUUUUUUCUUUGUGAGAAAAGGCAAGUGCUUUUAUUCUUGUUUUUGGUUCAUUCAUGUGAUGACUGGUUGUGUGUGCAUAGUAAUAACAAUCAUAGUAAUAACAAUCAUCUUUAACAUCACUGCGGAACUAAUUUUUUUCCACUUUUCAGGGUGUAUUUGUGUUAAUUUUCUAUCUGAGAAAAGGCAAGUGAUUCAUUUUGUACAUGAAAAUUACUUUUUUCCCUUUACCAUUUAAAUGCAAACAACAUUUUCGGCUUUAAUUUCCAUGGCAUUUUUUUUCAGUACAACAGAAAUUCCACAGCAAUUGGUAAAUAUAAACAAAGUUCUGUUUAGCCAAGAUUAGGGUUUCUGCCUGACCCUUGCUAUGUUUACAGUAGUAGCCAUUCAAACUUUCCC